UUUAGGCUUGGUUCCUUCAACCUAGACAAAGUUCCAAACUCAACCGAAGUCAUUAGAGAACUCAUUUGUUACUGCCUGGACACCAUUGCAGAAAAACAAGCCAAAAAUGAGCACCUGCAGAAAGAAAACGAUAGGCUCCUGAGAGAUUGGAACGAUGUUCAAGGCCGAUUUGAGAAAUGUGUGAUUGCCAAAGAAGCCUUGGAGGCUGAUCUGUAUCAAAGAUUUAUCUUGGUGCUGAAUGAGAAGAAAACAAAGAUCCGAAGCUUGCAUAAGUUGUUAGAUGAAAUCCAGCAGCUGGAGAAGAACUUGAAACCUGAAAGGGAAACUAAAUGUUCUGAAAAAACAACUGACCAAGAUGCAAUUUAUGAUGGAAGUACUGAUGAAGAAGCUGGAGCUUCUGUGUUGGCUGAAGCCGCUGUUUGUAAAGAAGAUUCCUUAUUUUCAAGUCCUGAUGUCACUGACAUUGCACCCAGUAGGAAGAGAAGACAUCAUAUGCAGAAGAAUCUUGGGACAGAACCCAAAAUGGCUCCGCAGGAGCAGCAGCUGCAGGGGAAGGAAAGUGCAGGCAUUACAUUGCUUCAUUGCCCUUUGAAGUUUAGAAGAGUGAACUCAGAAAAGAGAAUGACUUUAGAGGAACAGGAAGAUGCAAAUAUGAUAGAGAAUUUGGUUGACAUUGUAUGACUUUCAACAUGGAACUUUUCUGAAAACUGCUUGCCUCCUCACUGCCUCACACCUUGAAAGAGGAGCACGAACACACAUCCGCUGGAAACAUGUCUUUAGAAACCCUGAGAAACAGCAGCCCAGAAGAUAUCUUUGAUUAGAUACAAAAUCUAGAACCAGACUUGGUGUUCAUUAAGCUACAUUCUUUAUCCAGUUCUUUCUAAUGAAGACAGGCUUUCAGCUUAGUAGCAAUGGUUACUAUGUACACACAGAGUGAAUUACAGAAGUAGGAUGAUCUGAUUGGAUGACAAAGGGGCACUUUUCUCAACCAUUCAUGUUGCCUACUAAAUCUGAGUUUGGUUCCAAAAUGUACAUUUAUCAUAUUCCUUUUCAUGUUAUUUUAACUUUCUAAUGACUCUUGGAAAAUGUUGGGAAUAGGGCAAAAGAAAACCAUCCUUUUAAAAUGUCCCUGAUUCUUUUUGAAUUGCACUUUAAGCAACAUGUUUGGAAAGUUUAAUUUAUGAAGUGACACAUAUAAAAUAUAUCUUUAUGUUGUGAAUAAACAAUCUGAAAAUCUGACAGUUAAUAAAAGUUUGUGUUCUUAAAGAAACAUUAA